AUGAGCGGUGAAGAUAAGGAGCUGGAAAUCGCAGCGCUGCAAGAAAAAGUAGCAUCGCUGUCGUCCCAACUAGAAACCGUCCUGACGGCCAACGCCGACCGUGGACCUCAAAAACGCCGUUUGCAGGCACAAGCUCACGCCACUGCCGUCCGGGAAGUCCAAGUCAAGGGCAAAUCGGUCUUGGUAAGUUCCCGUGAGCGCAUGGGUCGGAAUGCCAGUAUCUGCACGCAACAGGCAUUGGACUUGAUCCCCGAUGAUGCCAUUUUGAAUCAACCGGGAUUUGUCCAGCGGAUUCUGGACAUGUUCCAACAACCAGCCGCACAUGUGGACUACCUCAACUCGAUCCAAUUCGCCAAGGACGUCUUCAAGCUCUGUCAAAAGGUUCGACACAUUUUUGAACGAGAGCCGCGAGUGGCAUUCGUUCAGAGUCCUGCCUAUGUCUUUGGUGAUAUUCACGGGAAUCUAGAAGAUUUGCACUUUUUCUCCGACAAUCUCUGGAGACUGGGAAUGUCCCUCACUGCCGGGAAUUUCGUCUUCUUGGGUGACUAUGUUGAUCGUGGAAAGUCCUGUUUGGAAUGUGUCGCCUAUCUCUUUGUCAUGAAGUACCAACUCCCCAACAAGGUAUUCUUGCUGCGUGGUAAUCACGAAACCCGAGAUGUCAAUGGAUGGGAGGAGCACUACGGAGAACGAAGCUUUAUUUUCCAAUGUCGCAACCGAUUCGGAGACGACGUAGGCUACAGGGUGUGGGAAGCCUGCAAUCAAAUCUUUGAUCGAUUACCUUUGGCGGGCGUCAUUGAUCAGGACGUAUUUUGUGUUCAUGGGGGAAUCCCACGACCCAUCACCAAUACCACCCGCAUUCAGGACAUGCUGAGCGUCCCACGCGUCGCCGGAAUCAACCCCCCCUACGAACACGAAGAUGAUCAAUAUCAACAAGUUGCUAGCGACUGCAUCUGGAGUGAUCCCGCCUCGGAGGAACAAGAAAUGACCAGUGUUGACCCGGAAACUGGAUUCGGAGAGUCUCUUCGCGGUGGUGGAGCUAUUUGUUUUGGAAACAAGGCCGUCACCAACUUUCUGAAGCAACAGGGAUUCUCCUAUAUCAUGCGAGCUCAUGAAGCUCAUGCAGAGGGUGUUGCCCUCAGUAAGGGAGCCCGUGUCUUUACUGUAUUCUCGACCAGUCAGGAUCACAACCAAGGAUCCAAUGCCAUGGCAGGCUGUAUGUUGGUUGACAAUGAUAAGUUGCAGGUCAUCAACCGAUCACCGGCGUACAAGAAUCAGUACGUGCACCGACGUGAUUCCGUCAGCGUGAUUAAUUUGAGCGAGUCAGAAAUGCAAAAACGCAUCAAGUUGGGAUUGGUCCGAGAAGCGGCACAACCAGAUGACUCGGACGAAGAGUGGGAUGACUUUGAUGAUGACGAAGAGGAGGAGGAAAUGGACUUGAAUGUUCAACAGGAGGAAUACGUCUUUGACAAACGUCGACGUCAGUCGAUCGAUCUUAGCAGUAUGAAUGCCAACUAUCACGAUAUGGACGGGGAUGGCAGCCGGAGGAACAGUAUGACAGCGGUAGAAGAGGGCGAAGAGGAAGAUACGGUGGACGGAGAUCAGGACAUGAAUAAUUAG